AUGAAUGGAAGAUAUUUGACUGGUCGCGAAUUUAAAGAAGCUCUUUAUGCUGAGGAUGAAGAUGAUGUGAGGGAUUACAUAAAUCCAGAUUUGCAAAGUUCAGAUGAAGAAUCCGAUGACGAUCAAGGUGAACAGCAGAAUCGCUUUUGUCAAGAAACGGAAAAUAACUCAUUAUCAACUUCAAAUAUUCAAUCAGAGCAGCAUGAAUCUUCUGAAGAAAUUAUGGAUGAGGAAUCAGAUGAGGAAAGUAGUAGUACGGAAGAAAAUAGUGAUUCUACAGCAAGACGUCGUCCACGGCCUAAAGCUGUAAUAAAUCAAGUUAAUUCUGACAUGAUUUCUGCAUCAGGUCUUACAUGGAAAUCUGAUCCUAUUGCCCGACGAAGGCAAAUUGCUGCAAAUGUUAUGAGAGAAGCGCCAGGUCUCAAAAAUGGAGUAAAUCCUAAAACGCCACUUGAAGCGAUUCGACUUUUUUUCGAUGACGACACCAUCGAAUUUAUUUCGCAAUAUAUUCGAAAGAGAAACUCGCCCUUGAGUUUUGAAAGAGAAGAAAUAUUAGGCUACAUCGGCUUCUUGAUAACAGCAGGUGCUUACAAGCAAAACAAAGAUCUGCUUAUCGACUUAUUCAAUGAAGGGAAUUUGCCAAUUUAUAGGGCUACGUUUUCAGACUACCGUUUCCAACUACUCCAAAAAUGUAUAAGGUUUGAUGAUAAAACUACUCGAGAUGUUCAUAAAGAAUAUGACAACUUUGCUGCAGCAAGAGAUAUAUGGGAGCGUGUCACAGGCAAAUUUCCAGACUUUUUGGUUCCUUCAGAGUCAGUUGUAAUAGACGAGGAGCUUAUAACAUUCCAUGGCAGAUGUAAAUUCCGUUUAUAUAUUCCUAUAAAACCUGGUAAAUAUGGGAUUAAAGCUAAUGUGCUCUGUGACUCAGAAAACUACUAUUGUUUUGCUGCAGAACCAUAUGCUGGAAAAGUAAUUAAUCAGCCCAAAGAUUACAAUAGUGGUCCAGAAGUCGUAAAACGUCUUGUAGAAUUAGCAAAAUGGCAGAAUAGUGGUCGCAAUAUUACAAUGGAAAGAAAAUUUACGUCAGUGCUAACAGCAAAUGCUUCGUUGGAACAAAAUCUUACAGUCGUGGGAACAAUAAUGAGUAACAGAAAAGAUGUUUUACCAGAACUAAGACCACAAUCGUUGAAGCAUGCAACUCCCGGCACUAUUCGCUUUGCUUUUCGAGACCGUGAAAUACUUGUAAGUUAUAUACCCAAAAAGAAGAAGGUCGUCACUGCUCUUUCUAUACAACAUCAUAUUAUGCAAGUGAAAAAUGACAAGCCAGAAAUUUUUUUGUACUAUAACUCCACAAAAACCGGCGUUGAUAUGCUUGGUAAAUGUGUAAGGGCAUAUAGUUGUCGGCGAAGCACAAGAAGAAGGCCGAUAGCUGUUUUUUUCAAUAUGAUCGAUAUAGUUGCCUACAACUCCUAUAUUCUUUUCAUAAAAGCUAACGAGAACUGGGCAAGAGAGAAUCCAAAAUAA